AUGAGCUUCAACCUCCCUCUUCGCCCGAGCUCCAGCAGCAUAAGGAACCAGGCGAGCCGAAGCACCUACUUUAACAACUACACGCCCAAUUCCUCUACCGAAGCCAUCAACGGCCCCCUCAGGGAACCUGCGAGGGAGCUCUUUGGCACCACCGAUCGGCUGAUUGUCGGUGUCGAUUUCGGAACCACGUUCUCAGGCGUCGCUGCUGUUUACACUUCAACGCCAGACGAUGUCGAAAUCAUCAAGACAUGGCCGGGCGGGAACGGCAUCACCUCCGACAAGGUGCCUACCGAGAUCAGCUAUGACAUUUCGGCGAAUGCUGCCGCUGGCACCGAUCCCACAGUGAAAUGGGGAUUCCAAUUCAAGCCCGAGGAGGCACGUCUUCGCUGCAUCAAACUAUUCCUUGAUCGCUCGCAAAAGCUACCCUUUUAUGUCAGCCCGCUCGACACGGCGGCCCAGCUGAAGCGCUACAACAAGAAUGUUCUGGACGCUGUAAGCGACUAUCUAACACAGGUGUAUAAGCACACCAUGGACACCCUCACUCGAAGAUACGGCGAGUCAUUUAUGCAGUCCACCAAAGUCGACUUCGUCUUGACUUGUCCUGCCGUGUGGUCCGAUGCAGCGAAGAAUACGACACUUCAGGCGGCUGAGCGAGCUGGCAUGGGGUUGAAAUCAGAAAUCCAGAUGAUCAGCGAGCCCGAAGCCGCGGCGGUGUACACAUUAAAAGCCAUCCAGCCUAACCAUCUCAACGCUGGUGAUAACUUCAUCGUGUGUGAUGCAGGUGGUGGAACUGUCGAUCUGAUUGCAUACAAAAUCAUAUCAUUAAAACCGUUAAAGGUAGAAGAAUCUGCCGUCGGUACCGGUGGUCUUUGCGGCAGCGCGUUCCUCAACUACAGAUUUGAAGAACAUGUCCGGAACAAACUGGGCCACAGCCGUUUCGACGAGAUGAAGGUCAAGAAGAAUAAAACAUGGCAAAUGGGCCUGAGGUAUUUUGAGGAGUUUGUUAAACGCAACUUCAACGAAGACGAGCACCAGGAAGUGAACGUGCCAUUCCCAGGCUUACCUGACGACGAAGAGGCGGGCUUGGACUGCGGCUUCAUGGUCAUGUCGGCUGAUGAAAUUAAAGAGAUAUUCGCCCCUGUCGUGAAAGAGGUUUGCGACCUAGUCCAGGGUCAGGUCACUGGUAUUCGUUCCAAGGGCGGGAUUGUGUCGGGCAUCGUGCUGGUUGGUGGUUUCGGGCAGAGCGACUACCUAUACCGAAAGCUCAAGACACACUUCACUAGUGCUGCACCGCCUCCGUAUACCGAAAGGCCAACACACGGCAGCGUGACCGCACUACAGGAGACCAGCUCGAUCGAGGUCAUGCAGCCAGUGUACGCAUGGACGGCCGUCGUGCGCGGAGCGGUGCUGCGAGGACUCGAGGGCAACAUGGUGAUUUCGCGCAAGGCGCGGUACCAUUACGGCACAUCGUACGCAACCGUGUACGACGAGGAGAAACACUCGGUCAGUGAGCGAUACUGGUCGCCGCUGUGGGAACGGUGGAUGGUGUCGGACCGUAUGCAGUGGCACAUUGCAAAGUCACUGCUGGUGACGGACGACCUGAUUGCGUGCGAGGCAGACGAGCCGCCUGCUGCCUAUACCCGCGAUCUGAUUCAUGUAUGCACACUGACGACCGACCUCAAUGCCGUGCCGAGGAGCCUAUUCACACGAUUGACGACAACGCGUGGCGUGGAGUUUGACAACCUUGACUUUACACUCGAAAUGAUCGUCGACAGCGCCGGUCUAGGAUUUGAGCUGAAGGUGGACGGUGUCAGGUACGGGCGUGUCGAUGCCGAGUUCCAUUGA